AUGGCUGAUCUGAAGCGCGUCGCUCUCGUUACUGGCGCUACGUCCGGCAUCGGCGUCGACCUCGCGCGCGACCUGCUCGACAAAGGCUGGCGCGUCGCGCUCGUCGGCCGGCGCAUCGAGCUCGGCGAGCAACUCGCAGCCGAACUGGGCGAGUCGUCACGCUUCUUCCCGGGCGACCAAGGCAACUACGAGAGCCUAGCCUCAGCAUUCGCCGCCGUCUGGGCCGCCUGGGGCCGCCUGGACGCCGUCUGCCUCAACGCCGGCAUCGUCGACAAGUCCUCCGUCUACAUCCUCAAGUGGCGCGGCAAGGCCGUCGACGACGUGCCCCCGGCCCCCGACCUCAGCACCACCGACGUCGACUACAAGGGCGUCGUCUACGGCACCCAGCUCGCCACCCACUACAUGCGGCACAACGCGCCCAGCCCGGGCGGCCGCGUCGUCGUCACCGCCUCCAUCGCGGCCCUCUUCCCCCACCGCUCCUACCCGGAGUACUGCGGUGCCAAAGCCGCCGUCGUGCAGUACGUGCGCGCCGUCGCGCCGCUGCUGCUCGCAAAGGACCACGUCGAGGUCAACUGCGUGCUUCCCGGCAUCAUUGCCACGCCCAUCGUGCCUCCGGAGAUGAUCAACGCCGUCUCGCCGGAAUGUAUCACCCCCGUCGACACGGUCCUCCGCGCCUACCACACCUUCCUCGAUGCUGCGGAGCCUCUCGCCGGCCAGAUCGUCGAGGCCUCGGCCGACCAGCUCAUCUACUACGACCUCCCCGAGGAGGGCAACGGCGCCGUCACCCGCCGCGCUGUCGCGGUUUGGGAGCCGCUGUUCGAGAUGAUGCAUGGCGAGAAGUCGGAGCUGCCUGAUGCCAUUCCUUGA